CGGAGCACCAUUUAUCCACAAGGCACUAUCUACCUCUUGAAGCCAAACAUGGAUCGAAAUAUGAAGGCAAAAACCCUCUGCCCAGAAUGUGUCGGGAUCACUUUCGAUGAUGUAGCGGGCGACGCAAUUGGAGCACUGGACCCCAUGACUUGCUGGGAGAGAGGUGACACGCUCCCGGACCUACCUCACUUCAGCUUGUCGGCAAAGAACGGUUGCAGCUUUUGCGCAUUCCUUUGCCAUCUGCUCCGGGAACGACUCCCUAAGCAAUAUGCCGCCGUUAAAGAGACAGCAGGGUGCCCUCGGGUUGUUACAGUUAAACUGGACACCCCGGCAUAUACGAUGCGCUCAGACUUGAUGGUUGUCACGAAUGAUCUCGUUGGAAAUAAUGACGCCGAGGAAGAGGAUGGGCUUCACUCACUUUGUUUGACCUUUGGGUCUAAGGGAUGGCCGCAAGACUGGCGGGUGCGCGUGAGGGUAUAUCAACAUCCCGGCUCCACGGCUGUCUCUGAAAGUCUGGGAAUUACUCUGAAAGUACCAUCAACCGACGUACUCAGCCAGGGUAGUAUACAGACUCUUAAAACCUGGCUGAGAACCUGCGACGACGAGCAUCCAAGUUGCCAAAACGUGGAGUCCCGCUGGCUUCCCACGAGGCUCAUAUACAUAGGAACACAUGAUGAUAUAACCCCCCGUUUGAUUCAGGUCUCCAGGGCCAGCCUUCCUUUGACGACCCAGUACAUUGCCCUAAGCUAUUGCUGGGGUCCCCCAUCUCAAACCCGACCACAGCUAACCACCACCAUCGCAACGCUGCCUCAACGGCUUGAAACAAUCCCAGAGGAUAUAAUGCCAGGCACCCAUCGGGACUUGGUCCUCUUGGCCCGUCGCCUAGGCAUACAAUACAUCUGGAUAGAUGCUCUCUGCAUCAUCCAGGACAACCAUAAGGACUGGGAGACCGAAGCGGCAUCAAUGUUUCGGGUGUACCGCCACGCCUAUCUGACUGUAGUUGCCGCAGCUGGAGAUUCAUGUCAUUCUGGGUUCUUGUCUCGACCUGGAGUUGGCCCACUUGCUGUUGUCCCCUUUCAGUCACAAUCGGGAACCGUGUCAGGCUCGUAUCUACUCUCUUGGCAUCAAGAGUACAGCGCCUGGGACGCGAACAACCCCAGCCAUAUGUCUGGCUGCUCGUGGGCGACGCGUGGCUGGACGCUGCAGGAAGAUGUCCUGUCGAGCAGGGUGGUGUACUUUCGGGACACGACGUCGUUCUUUCGGUGUCAGACACAACGGUGUUUGGAGCAUAGCACAACAGUCUACAGAAAUGUUCAUCGCUGGCAGGAAAGAUUUGGUUCUUCUGCCUUGGCUGGUCCAUCAGAUGACAACAGCAGCAAGACGACAGAAGGAAGAGACAAGACGAACCUCUACAAAUUGUGGCGGGCCAUGGUUGCGGAGUACUCCCUCCGGAAUCUCACGGUCGAGGAAGAUAAACUGCCGGCAAUAUCCGGUCUGGCUCGGAGCUUCAAUGUUGGACUUGAUGACCAAUACUUUGCAGGACUAUGGAGAGGUGACUUUGUGAGGGCGCUGUUCUGGUCCACCCGCCACGACGCGGUCAAACCAGCCAAAUUCUGUGCGCCGUCUUGGAGCUGGGCUUCGUGGAAAGGUGAGGUUGGAUGGUCAAAGUCUCAUUCCCUUCCACUGGUAACGGAGUGCAAGAUUCGCCACAUUUAUGUGGCGCCCUUGGGUUCAGAUCUAUUCGGCAGAGUGAAAGGUGGUUACGUCGACCUGACUGGGUCGUUGCGUCCGGUUUCGCUGCGCCCAACAGACGUUAGCGUUCUGGCUGAUAAUGAUCCCUAUAGGGUUGAUUUGUUUCAAGAGGGGGUUGUGGAGGCGUGGGCUCGAGGCGCAAUAGAUGGCUUCACGUCAUCGGGAUUGAGGAACAAUGGCACUUACAAGGAGCCAGAUGUUGCCAAACUGGACUGUCUUACAGAUAUUCAGGCAUUAGUUCUAGCCUUUGGCUCCGCUCCAGUGGGUGUAGAUCCUGACACAGAUGAUUUGAUAUUCUCGCAGCCGGAAUAUCCACUUGGCCUGCUGGUGGUGGCAGACAAGAACAGCAGUCUGAUGGAUAUGCCCACAUACAGACGAGUUGGCGUUUUUCAGGCGCAGACUACGGCGGCUCAGGGACUACAGGCUGAGAAGUCCGUUUUCGAUAUCAGGCUUAUUUAAACUGUAUUUCUCAGGCUGUUCGUUGCUCCGGUUUAAAAUAUGUUAGUUAUCAGUAAGUACGGUGAAGUUGUUGCAGACAACUGCUAGGACCAUUAAAUCGAAUAAGCUUGCGGCAGGCCUUGAUUUCUG